GAAAAGUAUGCACGUUCUGUGGAUCUAAGAUAGAGAACUCAGCUCGAGUGGAAUAGGGAUGUAAACUCCCACUGCAAUAUGAACCUAUUACAGACCAAUUACCUUAUGAGUCCAGGUUUGCCUGGUCAGGAAGCGGGAGGAUGCCCGACCGAAAUGUGCGUAAGGGUCCAGGUGGCGCAGAUUCGGGGUUGACAAAAGAUAUAACUGGUGAAGGCGCUAGCUAUUGGGUUAUGGAAUGAGAACAGUGAAAGUUGGCAUCGGAGGCACCAAGGUUAUCGAGGAGUAUUGAGGGUUAUCGAAGCUUAUCGAAGUUGGCGGCGAUGACGAUUGGCACCAUGAUAUAUCACCUUGCAAGGUCUGUAUGGUGUGAGAAAAGCACUAGCUUCGACAGUAUCAAGUUACCGUAAGUAGAACAGGAAUUUAUGGUUGACGAAGUAUUGGCAUUGUUGCUCAUCGUACAAACAUGCUACGUUGGGACGCAAUGCCGAUUAUUUGUUCCGGCAGUUAUAGCUCGCGGUCCGGUGCGCCGCACUGCCUUGUAUUAUUGCCACUGUCAGCGUCGUCGCACAGCUCCUGGUGCCGAUAUAAAAGCUACCUUAUCCUUACUCUUCUACUUCUCUUUGGAAUGUAUCCUGGUCAUCAUCAUCAUCAACAGCAAUCUAACAUGCCUGGGUUUCCAACUCCGGACCGUGGCUACUCCCCCAGCUAUAAUCCUCCUCCCGGACCACCUCCGAACGGAUACGCACCUCCUCCGGGCGCUCCUCCUUAUGGAUAUGCACCUCCUCCAGGCCCCCCAGGGUGGACAAUAUCUCAUCUCUUUAUUUUGCACUCCCUUGACCUUGCUAUCUAGUUAUGGCCCUCCUUCUGGCCCUCCUCCCGUCCAACGAAACUCUUAUCCCGGACAGCACCCUCAUCAUCAGCACAGUGGAUAUCCUGGUCAGCAAUAUGGCCAGCAAUAUAGGCAGCAGUAUGCGCCACCGCCUGGACCGCCUCCCAUGCCUCCGCAGCAACAGCAACAGUACGGGCCUCAAGUCGGAGGACCCGGUGGACAACCACAACAGCCGUACUUUCAGUAUUCCCAGUGCAAUGGCAAGAAAAAGGCACUAUGUGUUGGGAUAAACUAUUUCAAUACAAGUAGUGAGCUACGGGGAUGCAUAAAUGAUGCUCAGAAUAUGCAACAGUUUUUGUGCACUCAUUUCGGCUAUAAGCGGGAAGACAUUGUCAUGUUGACCGAUGACGCUCAAAACCCGCGACAGCGACCAACCAGAGAUAACAUCCUUCAAGCUAUGCAAUGGCUCGUCAACAACGCACAACCGAACGACUCUCUCUUUUUCCAUUAUUCAGGACACGGAGGUCAAACAAAAGAUCUUGACGGAGACGAGGCAGAUGGAUAUGAUGAAGUCAUCUACCCUGUUGAUCAUGAACAAGCCGGUCAUAUCGUUGAUGAUACUUUACACGACAUACUCGUCAAAACGUUGCCACCAGGAUGUCGUAUCACUGCGAUCUUUGACUCAUGUCAUUCGGGUUCGGUACUUGAUCUUCCAUACAUGUAUUCAACCGAAGGAAAAAUCAAAGAACCCAAUCUCGCUGCUGAGGCCGGACAGGGUCUUAUGAGUGCCGUCUCUUCUUAUGCCAGAGGAGACAUGGGUGGGGUGUUCAAGUCUGCAAUGGGGCUUGUCAAGGUCGCUUCGGGAAACACCAAGAAGACCGAAGAGUAUGCUCGACGCACGAAGACUAGUGCUGCCGAUGCUAUCUCAUGGAGCGGAUGCAAGGAUUCACAAACCUCCGCUGAUGCUGUAGAGGCUGGAACUGCUACUGGCGCGAUGAGCUAUGCUUUCAUCAGUGCUCUUAGUCAAAAUCCACAGCAAAGCUAUCAAACUCUACUGGUCAAUAUCAGAGAAAUCUUGAGGACGAAGUAUAGUCAGAAACCUCAGCUCUCCGCAUCCCAUCCCAUCGACACUAAUCUGAUGUUCAUCUGUUAAAUGGGCCUUGACUUGGACUGAAGAACAUUUCAUUCUGUAUCAGUUGUAUAAUACUGUCUACAUAAGUAUGUAUGUCGAAGCUGAAAAUAACUUUCUGAAUUGUACCUUAAGAGGCUCUGAUGAUAUUUAUAUCUCGUACUUCGGGGCCACUGCUCGGUUAAGUCUCGGUUGGUUGACUUACCGGCGUUUACUU